AUUAACACUGGAAACCAGGCACCGCUCAUCACCAGGCCAAUACCAUCCCUACAGUGAAGCAUGGUGGUGGCAGCAUCAUGCUGUGGGGGUGUUUUUCAGUGACAGGAACUGGGAGACUAGUCAGGAUGAGAGAAAAGUGAUUGCAUAAAUUUAAAGAGACAUCCUGGCUGAAAAACCAAUGCACCCCAUUCAACCUGAUGGAGUUUGACAGGUGCUGCAAAGAGAAAUUGGUGAAACUGCCUAAAGAUAGGUGUGCCACGCUUGCAGCAUCGUGUUCAAAAAGACCAGAGGCUGAAAUUGCUGCCUAAGGUGCAUCAACAAAGUAUUGAACAAAGGCUGUGAAUACUUAUGUACUUGGGUUUUUUGUUUGCAACAUUUAAAAACAUUUAUUUUUACAUCGUCAUUAUGGGGUACUGUGUGUAGAAUUUUGAGGACAAAAAUGAAUGUAUUCCACUUUGGAAUAAGGCUGUAACAUAACACUAUGUGGGAGGGUUCCAGGUUUGAGCCCCGCUUUUGCCAUCCUAGUCACUGCCGUUGUGUCCUUGGGCAAGACACUUUACCCACCUGCUCCCAGUGCCACCCACACUGGUUUAAAUGUAACUUAGAUAUUGGGUUUCACUAUGUAAAGCGCUUUGAGUCACUAGAGAAAAGCGCUAUAUAAAUAUAAUUCACUUCACUUCAUCAGUGACGUGCUAUGAAUACUUUCCGGAUGCCCUGUAAGUGCUUCAUGCUCCACCAUUUAACCAGGAAGAUCUCUCUCUACAAUCUGUGAACAAGAAUGACUUGAAGGAGACAAGCCCACAACAAGAGAACAAUGAAUGCAUCAUAAAUACACCUGCUUGUGUCAAUGAUUAAACCGACUACAAAAAUAGGGAUGAGAUGGAUUUUAAGAUGACAGAUUAGAUAAACAGACACUUACGGCACAGCUCAGGGACCCGACGCUUCUAUUCUGCAGAACCUUUUUUUGCAUUUAUUUUACUAAGAUGACUUAUAGGAAACAGUAUGUGGUCACCAGGCCAGCGUACUCGGAGGACAGCUUUGCGGAAGAACACAAGAAAUUCCACCGGUUGCAUAAAACCUCACUGGAUCACAUCAAAGACUUCCUGACCUGGGACACGAAGAGGUUGAAGAAUGCGACACUUUCACUUUUUCCCGUGGUGAGCUGGAUGAGAACGUAUCGAAUCAGACAGUGGCUGCUGGGUGAUGUGGUGUCAGGGGUUAGCACGGGCCUGGUGGCCAUCAUGCAAGGACUGGCCUUCUCUCUGCUGGCCUCGCUGCCUCCAAGCUACGGUCUUUAUACUGCUUUCUUCCCCGUGCUUGCCUACUUCUUCCUCGGAACGUCCAAGCACAUUUCUGUUGGCUCGUUCCCUGUUCUCAGUUUGAUGGUAGGCGCCGUGGUGACCCGUCUAGUCCCAGAAGAUGGACCACCAGCCAACAUUACAGACUUUGAAGGGCUCUCACAGGACCACCAAAGGGUCCUGGUGGCAUCCUCUGUGACCUUCCUCAUGGGAAUUUUCCAGGAAGCUAUGGGAGUUUUCCAGGUGGGCUUUGUUGUCGUGUACCUGUCGGACACAUUGGUGUCUGGAUUCACAACAGCAGCUGCUGUUCACAUAGUGGUCACUCAGCUCAAGUUUGUGUUGGGCUUGAAUGUCCCUGGCAUCAACGGUCCUCUUUCUAUUAUAUAUACUAUGGAGAAAAUCUUUGUUCAGAUCACUUCCUCCAAUGUGUGUGACGUGGUGAUGUCCGUCAUCAUCAUGGUGGUGGUGUUCAUCGUAAAGGAGCUCAGUGAUCGAUACAAAGCCAAGCUGCCUGUUCCUAUCCCCAUAGAGGCCAUCAUAACAGUCGUAGCUUGCUCCGUGUCCUAUGGAUUCAACUUUGAGAAGACAUACCAGGUUCAAGUUGUAGGCAAUAUGAUUAGCGGGUAUGAGUCACCAAUCGCCCCAAGUGUGGAAGUCUUCCAGGAGAGUGCAGUAGAGGCCUUUCCUAUUGCCAUAGUGGGCUUUGCUGUAGCCUUUUCUGUGGCCAAAGUAUACUCAAACAAACAUGACUACACCAUAGAUGGCAACCAGGAACUCAUUGCAUUUGGCGUUAGCAACAUGUUUGGUGGAAGCUUCCGGUCAUUCGCCGCCAGCACUGCUCUCUCCAGGACAGCUGUACAGGAGAGCUCAGGGGGCAAAACACAGAUUGCAGGGCUUGUUUCAGCCAUGAUGGCGAUGCUCGUUACCGUGGCACUUGGGUUUCUGUUGGAGCCACUUCCCAAGUCCGUCCUCGGUGCCUUGGUCAUCGUCAACCUGAAGGGCAUGCUAAUGCAGUUCAGAGAAAUCCCUUACCUUUGGAGACGGGACAAAUUUGAAUGUGUAGUGUGGGUGGGCACGUGUCUCAGUGCCAUCUUGCUAGGGCUGGAUCUCGGGCUGGCGGCUGGAUUGGGGGUGGAGCUCCUCACGGUGGUCUUCCGAACUCAGUUUCCACGCUGUUCUGUCUUGGCCAACAUCCCUGGAACUGACCUCUACAAAGAUCAAAAGGACUACCUGCAUAUACUUGAACCUAAGGGAGUGAAAAUCUUCAGGAUCCCCUCUCCCAUCUUCUUUGCCAAUAUAGAGUUUUUGCGGGACAAGCUUCUUGAGGCUAUCGGAUUUAACCCUCUGAAGAUUCUGAGAAAGAGGAACAAGGCUUUGAAAAAAAUGAAACACCUGUUCGAGAAGCAGGGAGAUACAAUUACGGAGAGAAACAUGGACCCCAAAGACCUUCCGUUCCAUGUGGACUGGAACGCAGAGCUUCCUGCCAACAUCAGUGUUCCCAGAGUGGAUCUCCACAGCCUGAUCUUGGAUUUUUCUGCAGUCUCUUUUCUGGAUAUCUCAGCUCUUAAGGGACUCAAAAUGGCUCUCAAGGAGUUCAUACGUGUUGAUGUGGACGUUUACAUCGCGUCAUGCGACGCGUGCAUAUUGGAGAAACUCCACAGCUGCUUGUUCUUUGACGAUGACAUUCAGACUUCCAUGUUCUACCCAACCAUACAUGACGCCAUGCUGCAUGUGUUCCGCAAACACGACAUGGAAACUAAAACAAAAUUGGUGGGAAGUAAAACAAAAAUUCAAACGAGGCAUUUGUAAUUAAA